UCACUGAAAAAGCAAUAUAUUUUUUAGAUAAAUUGAAGUUACAAAAACACACUCAUUUGAUUAUUUUUAUUUAUGGUAGGAAACAGAAUGAAGAGGCUGUUGAGUGUUUUGUUUCUGUUGGCGGCGAUGGUUACGGCGGUGAUCGGAGUAAAUGUGACGUAUGAUCACCGGGCGGUGGUGAUCGACGGCAAGCGGCGGGUGAUGGUGUCCGGCUCAAUUCACUAUCCUCGGAGUACACCUGACAUGUGGCCUGGGCUUAUUCAGAAAUCAAAAGAAGGAGGAUUAGAUGUGAUUGAAACCUAUGUUUUCUGGAAUUUGCAUGAACCUGUUAGAAACCAGUAUGACUUUGAAGAAAGAAAAGAUUUAGUGAAGUUUAUAAAAUUAGUAGCUGAUGCUGGUCUUUACGUUCAUCUUCGAAUCGGUCCUUAUGUAUGCGCCGAAUGGAAUUACGGCGGGUUUCCAGUCUGGUUACAUUUCAUACCCGGAAUUCAGCUUCGGACAGAUAACGAGCCUUUUAAGGCCGAAAUGAAACGGUUUACAGCCAAGAUCGUUAGCAUGAUGAAGGACGAGAAGUUAUAUGCGUCUCAAGGUGGACCUAUUAUCUUAUCUCAGAUCGAGAACGAAUACGGUAACGUUGCCGAAAGUUACGGUCCCGCAGCUAAAUCUUACAUCAAAUGGGCCGCGAGUAUGGCUACGUCUAUGGAUACAGGAGUCCCAUGGGUGAUGUGUCAGCAAAAAGACGCGCCUGACCCAAUUAUCGACACUUGCAAUGGGUUCUACUGUGAUGGGUAUAAGCCGAACGCUGAUAACAAGCCCACCAUUUGGACCGAAAAUUGGACUGGGUGGUUUCUUACGUUUGGUGGGGCCGUGCCUUAUAGACCUGUGGAAGAUGUUGCGUAUGCGGUUGCACGUUUUUACCAACGAGGUGGAACGUUUCAAAACUAUUACAUGUAUCAUGGUGGGACUAAUUUUGGUCGUACGACUGGUGGACCGUUCAUUUCAACAAGUUACGAUUAUGAUGCUCCACUUGACGAGUAUGGAGCGCCUCGACAACCAAAGUUUGGCCAUUUAAAAGAUUUACAUAAAGCGAUAAAGCUUUGUGAAGAGGCGUUGGUGGCAACCGAUCCGGCAACUACUUCUCUCGGUCAAAACGUAGAGGCUAGUGUUUACAACACAUCAUCAACAUGUGCCGCUUUUUUGGCAAAUGUUGAUACGCAAAACGAUGCAACCGUUAACUUCAACGGCAAUUCGUAUCGCUUACCUGCUUGGUCUGUUAGCAUCUUGCCCGACUGCAAGAAUGUAGCGUUCAACACUGCAAAGAUAAACUCUAUGGCUACUGUCAGAAGGUUUGUAGCUACAAGUGUUGAUAAAUUAAGCGAUUCAAAGGCGAUUUCUUCGGAUUGGAGUUAUGUUAGCGAGCCCGUUGGGAUCUCGAGUAAUGACGCAUUUGAUAAAAAGGGAUUAGUGGAGCAAAUUAACACUACAGCUGAUCAAAGUGAUUAUUUAUGGUAUUCAAUAAGCAUUAACUUUAAAGGUGACAAGCCGUUGCUUCGCGAUGAAUCGCAAACAACUCUUCAUGUGAAAUCGCUUGGUCAUGUACUUUAUUUGUUCAUUAACGGUCAACUCGAAGGUAGUGCAAUUGGCAGUUAUGACCACCCUAAUUUUUCGAAGGAUUUUCUGGUCACGUUAAAACACGGAAAGAACAAACUCGAUCUCUUGAGUUUGACCGUCGGACUUCAGAACUAUGGUGCGUUUUUUGAUAAAACGGGUACGGGUAUUACGGGCCCAGUGAAGCUCGACGGAUUAAAAAACGGGUCGGUCGUUGACCUUUCGUCUCAGCGAUGGACAUAUCAAGUUGGACUCAAAGGAGAAUCACUAGGCCUGCACACUGGUGGUUCAACACUUUGGGUCUCGGGAACGCCCAAAAGUCAACCUUUGACUUGGUACAAGACGAAUUUCGAUGCUCCUUCGGGUGAUAAUCCAAUUGCAAUAGACUUCACCGGAAUGGGCAAAGGCGAGGCGUGGGUCAACGGUCAAAGCAUCGGACGUUAUUGGCCUACGUAUAUCGCUCCAACUACAGGUUGCUCGGAAUGUAGUUACAAAGGGUCGUAUAGCCCAACAAAAUGCCUCAAGAAUUGCGGAGAACCAUCACAAAAGCUGUACCAUGUACCGAGAUCAUGGUUGAAAUCAAGCGGGAACGUUUUAGUCUUGUUCGAGGAAAAAGGUGGAGACCCGACACAAAUCUCUUUCGCAACACAAGAAUUGGAAAGUGUGUGUUCGCAAGUCUCGGAAUCUCACCCGCUCCCAAUGGAAGCAUGGAGUCAAGAUAAGUCAAAGUCAAAGGCGAGCGUUUCGCUUGAGUGCCCUCAUCCUAAUCAAGUGAUAUCUUCAAUCAAGUUUGCUAGCUUUGGAACUCCUCAAGGGACAUGUGGAAACUACAGUCAUGGUGAAUGCAAGAGUAUUGAUGCACUUUCAAUUAUACAAAAGGCAUGCAUUGGGUCAAGAAGUUGCAGCGUUGACGUCUCGACAAGCACAUUUGGUGAUCCGUGUAUAGGCGUAGUUAAAAGUUUAGCCGUAGAAGCUUCGUGUGCUUGAACAACACGAAAAUAGGACACAUGAUCAUAGAUUCAUAGUAUUAUAAGUUUUUUUUUUUUAAUUUUUUUUUUUAUGUUUUUUGAACAAUGGAUAAGUUUUAUUAUUUUCAAAAAAAUCAAAUUCUGGAUGCUUUAUCGAUAAUACCUUACUAGUAUGGUGCCCGCACGAUGGGGCGGGGGAGACACUUUGCAUUAUGGCA